UCUUAAAGGGACAGACACAAGGCAAUUGGGAUCAAGCUAUCCGGAGGUUGUGAAGGCUAUUCGGCUAUUUUGAAUCCAGUUCUGGACCACAGUCUUGGGUUUCUUCCCGGUGGGGAAAGGACACGAAGAAGCGGAUUGUCUCUCCGGAAGAGGAGAGCCUUAGACGGUUCCUUGGUGUUCGGUCGGUUCCGAAGUUCCAAUCUUCCCUUACCUACCCUACCUACCCCUCUGGCUCUGCGAAGCAGGGCUUCUCGUCUCACUGCGUAAGUGAAAAGAACGAAGCUUAAAGAGAAGUUCUGCAACUUCGUAGCCACGACCAGACUCGCCAGCACGAGUCUAUUACUCAUUUUGCUGAUGAGGAUUCAGACCCAACCAGGAUUGCCGUCUGUCUUUCUGUCUUUGAUCCACUUGAUCACUGGGCAGCAGAGCACCUAACCUGGGGCCUUUCUUUUUUUUCUUUCUUUCUUUCUCUAAGACCAAAAGCCUGAUGUGAUGGGGAGAUCGGGGCUCCCUUGCCCGCUUUCUGCCUCUCUUGGCCAGCCUCCCCGGGAACUCCCCGGCCCAGUCCCGGGGAGCCUCCGGGAGGGGAGCGGUGCUACCAGUCCGCGUCAUCUGAUGCUGUUUCCUGCAGGAGGGAGAAGAGCGGAAAAAAGUGAAACUCCACCCUCCACCUCUGCCUCCCGCCCCCGGGGCCAAAGUACAAAGGGAGGAGGAAGAAGGGAACGGGGUCGGAGCCCGUCGGGGCCAAAGGCACUAGGGCAGUGCAGAGGUGGCUUCGGCCCAGCUGGAAACUCUUUCUUCAUCUCCUGCGCCUCUCCACCACCGGAGUCCAGGCGCUGCCCCUGGCCGACCCCACCUUACGCUUGGCGAGUGCUGGAGCCAGGUUCCCAGGACUACUUCGGACCUAAGGGACGCUCUGCCCCUCCAAGCCAGCCAUGGUGAGGCGCCGGAGGCCCGAGGGCCCCACCCCUCCAGCCUGACCACACUGCCCUGGGUGUCCUCCUCCAGAAGCCGGAGAUGCGGGGGGCCGGGAGGCGACACUCCUGGCUCCCCAGAGAGGCGUGGGUCUGGGGCUAAGGGCCAAGGCCCGGAUGCCCAGGUUCCGGCACUAGGGACACAGCAGCCACCGGGGGUGGGGACCACGGGCACCCGAAGAAGGUCCCCCACACAUUCCAACGCCGGCUCCCGACCAUGGAGCCCUUGAAGAACCUCUUCCUAAAGAGCCCGCUAGGAUCAUGGAACGGCAGUGGCAGUGGGGGCGGCGGGAGUGGGGGCGUAGUCCGACCGGAGGGGUCCCCGAAGGCAGCAGCCUAUGCCAACCCGGUGUGGACAGCCCUGUUCGACUAUGAGCCCAAUGGACAGGACGAGCUGGCCCUGAGGAAGGGCGACCGAGUGGAGGUGCUGUCCCGGGAUGCAGCCAUCUCAGGAGAUGAGGGCUGGUGGGCGGGCCAGGUGGGUGGCCAGGUUGGCAUCUUUCCAUCCAACUAUGUGUCUCGGGGUGGCGGCCCACCCCCCUGCGAGGUGGCCAGCUUCCAGGAGCUGCGGCUGGAGGAGGUGAUCGGCAUCGGUGGCUUCGGCAAGGUCUACCGUGGCAGCUGGCGAGGGGAGCUGGUGGCUGUGAAGGCAGCUCGCCAGGACCCCGAUGAGGACAUCAGUGUGACAGCUGAGAGUGUUCGGCAAGAGGCCCGGCUUUUCGCCAUGCUGGCACAUCCCAACAUCAUUGCCCUCAAAGCUGUGUGCCUGGAAGAGCCAAACCUAUGCCUGGUCAUGGAGUAUGCAGCCGGUGGGCCCCUCAGCCGGGCUUUGGCUGGCCGGCGUGUGCCCCCCCAUGUGCUGGUCAACUGGGCUGUGCAGAUUGCUCGUGGGAUGCACUACCUUCACUGUGAGGCUCUGGUACCUGUGAUCCACCGAGACCUGAAGUCCAACAACAUUCUGCUGCUGCAGCCCAUUGAAGGUGAGGACAUGGAGCAUAAGACCCUGAAGAUCACUGACUUUGGCCUGGCUCGAGAGUGGCACAAAACCACACAAAUGAGCGCUGCGGGCACCUAUGCCUGGAUGGCUCCAGAGGUUAUCAAGGCCUCCACCUUCUCGAAGGGCAGCGAUGUCUGGAGCUUUGGGGUGCUGCUGUGGGAACUGCUGACUGGGGAGGUGCCCUACCGUGGUAUCGACUGUCUGGCUGUAGCCUAUGGUGUGGCUGUCAACAAAUUAACAUUGCCUAUCCCAUCCACCUGCCCCGAGCCCUUUGCACAACUCAUGGCGGACUGCUGGGCACAAGACCCCCACCGCAGGCCCGACUUCGCCUCCAUCCUACAGCAGCUGGAGGCACUAGAGGCGCAGGUCCUGCGCGAGAUGCCUCGGGACUCCUUCCAUUCCAUGCAGGAGGGCUGGAAACGCGAGAUCCAGGGCCUCUUCGACGAACUGCGGGCCAAGGAGAAGGAACUGCUGAGCCGCGAGGAGGAGCUGACGCGAGCGGCUCGCGAGCAGCGGUCCCAGGCGGAGCAGCUGCGGCGGCGGGAGCACCUGCUGGCCCAGUGGGAACUAGAGGUCUUCGAGCGCGAACUGACGCUGCUGCUGCAGCAGGUGGACCGCGAACGGCCGCACGUGCGCCGGCGCCGCGGGACCUUCAAACGCAGCAAGCUCCGGGCGCGCGACGGCGGCGAGCGCAUCAGCAUGCCGUUGGAUUUCAAGCAUCGCAUCACUGUGCAGGCUUCACCUGGUCUUGACCGAAGGAGAAACGUCUUCGAGGUUGGAGCUGGGGACUCACCCACCUUCCCUCGGUUCCGAGCUAUCCAGUUGGAACCUGCAGAGUCAGGCCAGACAUGGGGCCGCCAAUCUCCUCGACGUUUGGAAGAUUCAAGCAACGGAGAGAAGCGUGCAUGCUGGGCCUGGGGUCCCAGUUCCCCCAAGCCUGGGGAGGCCCAGAAUGGAAGGAGAAGGUCCCGCAUGGACGAAGCCACGUGGUACCUGGAUUCAGAUGACUCUUCCCCCUUAGGAUCUCCUUCCACACCCCCAACACUCAACGGUAACCCUCCACGGCCUAGCCCAGAGCCUGAGGAGCCUCGGCGUUCUGGGCUGACUGAGCGGGGUAGCAGUUCUGGGACACCCAAGCUAAUCCAGCGAGCUUUGCUGCGUGGCACUGCUCUGCUGGCUUCCCUGGGCCUUGGCCGGGACCUGCAACCUUCAGGAGGCCUGGGUAGGGAGCGAGGGGAGCCCCCGCCAGCACCACCCUCUGCAGCAGUGCCUGCACCCUGCCCAGCUGAGCCACCCUCCACCCCGCUCAUCCGCCUCUCACCCACAACACCUGACACCCGCAGCCCGCCCACCCCUGGGCCCUUAUUGUUGGACCUGGGUGCUCCCUCUGGUCAACCAUCAGCCAAGAGCCCUCGACGGGAAGAGACACUUGGAAGAACUGUCUCGCCCCCACCAGGAAUAUCACGCUCUGCUCCUGGCACCCCCGGAACUCCUCGCUCACCACCUUUGGGCCUCAUCAGCCGGCCUCGGCCCUCACCACUCCGCAGCCGCAUUGACCCGUGGAGCUUCGUGUCAGCCGGGCCACGGCCUUCACCCCUACCCUCGCCACAGCCUGCACCCCGACGGGCACCCUGGACCUUAUUCCCAGACACGGAUCCCUUUUGGGACUCCCCACCUGCCAACCCCUUCCGGGGAGGCUCCCAGGACUGCAGGACGCAGACCAAAGACAUGGGUGCUCAGGCCCCAUGGGCACCAGAGGCAGGGCCUUGAGUGGACCGGGCCACACUUGCCCCACGCUCCAGCAGCCUUAGAGGAGCCACAGCAUACACUGGAACAGGAGCCAGGCAGGCCUCUGUUGCUGCCUCAGUUUCCCCCAGGGACCCCGCCCCCCCCUUUGCGGGGGUCAGGAACACUACACUGCACAGGAAGCCUUCACACUGGAUGGGGGGACUACACCCCCCCCACACUUGCAACCUAUAUGUCCCCUGACUUAACCUGCCCCACUGGGGCCUGACACUGUACCCAGCUGGUUGGGAGGACCAGAGCCUGUCUCAGGGAAUUGCCCCCAGAAGUGGCGCAGGGAAGAGGGGAGGUGCAGGGGAGAGGGGCCGGCCUCAGCUGUCACCAGCACUUUUGACCAAGUCCUGCUACUGUGGCCCCUGACCCAAGGCUUAGUUCCUGGACCCCCUAUCCUGGGGGUCAUUGGGAGCUGGGGCUCUUCUGGGUGCCUUUCUGCUGCCCCAGCCAAGGUUGAGGCCUUGGCCUAGGGAUCUAAUGAAGCCAAAUAAACUCGUAAGCUGUCUCCCCAAA